AUGAAAAGAGCCACACGGGAUCGACUACCGGCGCUGGUGGAGAGGGAAGGCGCUCACCGAAUGUCAGGUGACCGGCGUGGCCCGCUAUCUCACGGACGUACUUGCGAGGCCAGAAAGACCACGCCUGAGGAACGACGAUCGACGAGCCCGCCGUCUGACGAGGCGGAGGCCAACGAGCACGCCGACGCGGCAGCAACCAUGUCAGACGUGAGAGAGACACAAGGUACGCCAGUCCGCCAAUGGCUGCGACCAGAGAGCCCACAAUCAGCCAACAGAAACAGGCUAACCAACGUGCGUGCGCUGGGCACGGUUAUAAUACGAGGCAGGCGGCAAGGCUGAACAAAUCAAGGCCAGCAGGAAACGCCAGCGACCGACUCUGAUGAUGGAGACGAGUAUGCUUCCAAAACGUCAGCUUGAAUGGAAUCCUGUCCAUGAAAUCGCCUUCUCUUCUUCGUCUUCCUCGGAAGUUGAUAAACAGGAUAUAUAUACAUUUGCGCGCACUCAUAUAUAUAUAUAUAUAUAUAUAUAUAUAUAUAUAUAUUGAAAGGCAGGCAAUAAAAGCGCUUUGGCAUCUCCAUCCAUCACAACCUCACAUCUCUCCUACGCGCAGCAUUAUGCCGAGUAAAAGGCCCCAUACCCAAAAAGGACCUAAUUAAUGUGAUUUAUUGCAUUCCAUGCGCCAACUGUUCUUUUGUUUGUAUGGGUCAUACAGGCCGACUUCUAAGGACUCACGUCUACGUGCAUAAUUUAGCUCUAUGCCGACAUGACCCCUUGACCCGCGUAUUUGCGCUUGCUCUUGAUUGUGACUACCACAUUAGUUAGGAGGAAACUUACGGCUGUGAACGAUCUCAUGAAAUGUUGGCUGAAAUUCUGAAAUGCGUUUUCGAUUAGAAAGGAUUACUUAGGCGCGAUUGGAAUAAGAAUUAUCUUGCAGCAUAAUUCUAUAACAUUUCGGACUCGGCAGGAUGUCAGCUUUUGGGUACAUUGCUUUUCAAUCUACUGCAGAAACUAUACUCAGUAAAAAACGGCUACUUAAAUAGCAUGCAUUUUUCUCAUUGAUUUUCGAUGGUCUUGCUACUUCAAAUAUAUUUUUAUAGAAAGCGUGAACAGAACUAUGCCUUCUUUCAUUUGUUUGAUAGAGACUUACAUCAUCUGCACAUUUUAUACUCGAAGUAGGAGGAUAAUUAGGUUUUAAAGAAGUAUUCUAAUUGCCGAAUAAUUUGAAGCCUGAUAGGUUGUUGCAUAAGCGCUUAGUGAUUUCAGUCUACAAGGUUCAUGCGCUCCGCGUAAAGAAAAUCACGUAUUUUUCUAUUAGUUUAAAAAGAUACCGUAUAGAGUCCAGAAAAUAUCGCAAUGGAUGUAAACUAUGUCGGGCAUUUAUUGAGCAGCAGUGGUAAACGGAUAGGUAGGAUUCUAAAUGAACGGACAUUGCGCGGUCUUAAAAAUCUCAUAAGUAGAAACUUUCAUAAAGCCUGAUUAUCUUCCUACUUCGAGUAUAAAGUAUAAAGAUGACGUAAGUCUCCAUCAAACAACUGAAAGAGAGCAUAUUUAUGUUCACGUUUUCUAUAAAAAUAUAUUUGAAUUAGUAAAAUCAUCGAAAAUUAAUGGAAAAAUGCAUGCUAUUCAAGUAGCCGUUUUUUUACCGAGGACGGUUUUUACAGGAGAUAGAAAAGAUGUAUCCAAAAGCUGGCAUCCUGCCGAGUCCGAAAUAUUAUCGGAUUAUGCUGCAAGAUAAUCCGUAUAACAACCGUGCCUUAGUAAUUCUUCCUAAUCGAAAACGCAUUUCGGAAUCUCGGCCAACAUUUUAUGAGAUCAGUCACUAGCUGUAAAAAAUCGCGAUGUUUAACAUCAAAUCGACGAGGGAAUUUCUCAAGGUUUGACAUACCGACACGAUCAGCAUCAACCGCCACGUUGAUCUAGAUGCCCACCAAUAAGGUUUACUUGAACGCUCUCAAACUUGUGUCCAUUCCCCAACAACUGUUAAUUCCUACUCAGCCGUGCAGAAUUUCACUCCCUCGCCAGCUUCUACCUCCGACACGAUGAACUGCAACCGAAAGUGUUAAUAGCGUCAACGCUGGCCCACUGACAUCUGGCCUGUGUCAUAUCAACAACCAACCAUUCGCAUUCCUAGUGAUUCAGUAUACCCUUUCCCCUCCAGGACACAGAACCGUAACAGAUCUCCCUUCCCCCCAUCCCAAAACUCCCCGUACCUUUGUUGAGCGAACUGUUUUUGGUGCUUGGGUGGCCGCAGCAUUUGAAAUUCCUUUCCGCUUGAGCUCAUUCAGCAAUAAAGUUACGCAUAUAUCAAUUAUGGAAAAUAACAUGAAGGGAUAUAUCAUUUCUGUUUGAUAACCCGCCUCAUCAGAGCUGUGUUUUCUUCGGACUUAAUAGACUGUAGACAAAACGCCUUUUGUGAGCAACGGGCUAGUUACUCUCACAAUGUAUGUGAAAUGAUCAAUCAGUUUUUUGACGUACAAGAAUAUCCAGAAAAGGGAGUUUUUCAUCAGUCACCGUUUAGAAUGCAAAUGUGAUUCGGGAAAUUUAGAAUCAAGAUUCGUGUGGAACGCAUUUACGGUAGGUGGGCUAAUUCAUGAAGUGUCAGCCGAAAUUUCGAAAUUUGUUUUCCUUUCGAAAAUAUUAAUUAAGUAGACUUGAAAAAUGAAUUAUCCUGCAGCAUAAUUCUGUAAUAAUCCAGUUACCUCACGGUGCCUGGUUUCGAACGAACUUCUCUCCGACUGCAUGCAAGAAUUAUAUCUCGCAAAAAAUGACUACUUAAUUAACAUACAAUUUUUUCAAUGAUUUUUGAAGCCCUUAAAAAUUUUAUUAUACUGCAUGCAAAACAUGCAUAAAAGUAUUCAGCCUUUCACUCUUUAGGUAGAAAAUUACAUCUUCCAUUUUUAUGCUUUAAGAAAGUGUUGAGUUCCUUUGAGGAUAAAAUUGGAAGAAGACGCUAUUUUCUACGGAAUGAGCAAAAGUGUGAGUAUUUCUAUGCAUGUUUUUCAUGAAAUAAAACUGCGUUUUUAAGGGCAUCGAAAAUCAAUGAAAAAAUGCUACUUAAGUAGUCAUUUUUUACAGAGUAUAGUUCUUGCAUGCAGUAGAGAAGAAGUUCUUUUGAAAGUCUACACCCUGAGGUAACUGGAUUAUCAUAUAGUUAUGCUGAAGGAGGAUUAUUUUUACAGCCCUACUUAAUUAAUCUUUUCGAAACGAGAACGCAUUUCGAAAUUUCGCUUGCCAUUUCGUGAGUUAGCCCACCUACUGUAGCUGAUUUUUCUUGCCAAUUACACAUGUGUCAUCUUAAGGACACUGCCAUCUUUUUGGGUUAUGGUUUCUCACAGGAAGCCAGAUGCUGGCGAAACUAUAAAAUGCCUCCCUGUUGCCGACAUCAUCGGUUGACAAUGAAGACGUUGACUUCUAACUGGAACAAAACGUUGGCCUUUAGGAGUUCUUCGGUGUAGCUGCUCUCUAAAUCUUACGGAACCGAAGUGAAGAGCGGGAUCACAUGGGCUGAAACCGUUAUCCUGUCGGUUGUAAUUGUUACUCCUUUUAAUUUGUCUAUGACGUUAUUUGAAUCUUGGGUGUAUUCUAUUAUUGUCUGCUUUUGAGUCUAUAUUUUGCAGUGCUUAGCUUCUUUUAUUGUCCUCAUUCAAACUUAAUUGUUUUCAGAUUUAUGAGAAGUCCCCCCUUCGGCUACACUCCCUUGUUCUGCUCUCCUGAGACUGCCAAGGCAGAACACCAGUAUCUACAGCAUACGCUCCACAAAAACGGAUACACGAAAACAACGAUAUCACGGUUUUCUCAAGUUCAAAAACUACAAACAUUUUAAAGCCAAAUUCCAUCCCCUUUUUUAAAAAAGACAAAAUUGGCUAUCAAGUGAAAAUAAUAAAGAAUAUUUACUUGUGUUUUUCAUAAAGUAUAAAUGUAAUUGUAGGGGGUUUUGAGAAUUCUAGGGUGGUUGCAAUACCUUAAAACAAUUCUUUGAGGGAUUGGGUAUUAUAACUUCCCCUAGGUAACACUUUGCGGUCGGGAUCACAUUUCGAUAGUCAGUUUGUUAGUUAAGACAAAGCCCGUAUAUAUAGACUUUCAGACUUUGAAAUUUUUGCCUAAUGACAAUCUAAUCAAAUGGAUCAAAAAUGCUUAAAGUAGAUUUUUCCGACUACUCUUCUCAAGACUACAUUUAGUCAGUAAUUAUCAGGCCUACAAAAAACAUGAAUUAAGGUCGUCUGCUGUAGUCUAAAUUUAGAAGUAAAGACAUGGAUAGACUUAUGACUGGUAGUCCCGCGCAAAUUCAGCAGACCCUCCAACACCUCACCUGUUAGAAAUCACGUUUCUGAAGAUAGUGCACUGAUGUGGGUGUAUUCUUUUCUUACGCCUAUAUUUAACUUAGUUAAUCAAGGAAACAUGCGCAAUGAGGACAGGCUGUUGGAGACGGUUGUUAUGUUUAGUUUAUUUUUAUGUAAAGUGAUGAUUAAUCUGAUCAGAAGAACAAGCGAUCGCUGUAACAAUGGUUUUAUUCGCCUGACGUUUCGCAUUCUAUCUUGAAUCUAUCAUCAAAGACAGUUCUGCAACUGUCUCUGAUGAUGGAUUCAAGAGAGAAUCCGAAACGUCAGGCGAAUAAAGCCAUUGUUCCAGCGAUCGCUUCUUCUUCUGAUCAACUAGUUCCUUGAACUUGCAUCUUCGCUUGUAUCGGCGAUGAUUAAUCUUUACACUGUAGCCUUACAAUGGAUUAUUUUCCGUAAGCAUGACUAAUGUGUAAAUGCCUCAUAAAAUAGUUGCCAAAAUUCUCAAACGAGUUUCCAGUUCGAAAUAGCAUUUACGUGGGACUGUAAUGUUCAUUAUCAUGUGCGCACCCCUCGCUAAUGCUGUCUACAGAGUUUGGGACAGACAGCGAAAUCGCGUUCCUCAGUGUUCUCUGCACAGACAAGAGAAUAGAUCUAUCCAGCGUAUGGUAUUCCGAAAAAAAAACCUGGACGGGACAAUACAGUAAUGUUCACAGCUUUGUUCCCCUGAAUAUUUAACGUUAUUUGGUACAGGGAUUGGCAGCUAGAGUGCGACAUAUCUGCUCUGCUGAAACUGUUAAUGCUGAAAACCAGACGCUGCGGGAUAUACUCCAUGAAAACGGAUACCCAGGAAGAUUUAUUCCCCGAAUUAUACGGGAGCGCAAUGCAAGGCCCAGUAUAGUAACUGCAGAAUAGAGCGACUUAUUUAUAAGAUUAUCUUUUCAAGGGGACGCAGCAAGUGACCUUGAAAGACAUUAGAAGACAGCGGUCAUAAGCGCUUUCCCUGCGGCGAACUUACGCAUAUGUUUCAUGAACUCGCCCCUUCUGCGUUUGGGAAGUAAAGACCGACUCACUUUGCAACCCACUUCAAUGUGUAUUUACUCAUCCACUUGCUCCUGUGGAGCGGAAUACAUUGUCCGUGCAACGAGACACUUGGAAAAGAGAGUACAUAAACACACACCGCCCUGGCUAAGAAGAGGUGAAAAAGAGUCGAUUUCGAGUUCUUCUCUCGCACAUCUUUUCGAUACAAAUCACGGAGUCCAUGCCAAAGAAUCCUUUCUUGUUAUCUUUCGUGCACCAGCAAGCUUCUCCGGAGGCCUACGUCAACGGGUGCUAGCCACAGCUGAGGUAGUGACUUUGCAACUAGUCAAUCCAGUGCUAUGUUGUCAGAAGACGUUGAGACAGGCGCUAUGUCUUUCGUGGUCAACGCCGACCCCAGAUGAUGACUGCACGUCGCCCCAACCUCCUGAUGGCAGUGAUGUGUGCUUAACGUACCCCACUUAAACACUCACAGCCUAUGUCACCACUUCCCCUUGCCCCCUUAACCCAAUGAUCAGAACACGCAGAUCUCACCACGCGGGCGGCGUAGGAACGAUGAGUAUUAGUACCGCCGAGUCACUUAUAAACCCUGUGAACUUCGCAUAUUUUCAACUUCCAUGUAAUUGCUUUGGCCUGAUAAAGCAUUACCGAAAACACAUGUUUGCCGAAAUAACUUUCCUUUUAUUUGUAUCAAACUUAUGGAACAUUCCACUUGUUUUGGUGAAUUCACCUUCUUUUCCAUGGUACAAUCUACUUUCUUUUAUCAUAUUAAGGAUGAGAAGGGAGUGAUUAAAAAGCUUAGUUACCUUUUGAACGGCUAACAUUCUAGUAAAAUCUGUAUUUCUAAAUAUUUUUCACUAAGGCUCUUUUAUAUUUUAAGACAGAAAUUUUAGGGGCGCGGAAGACCUUAACAAGAGGAAAAUUGGUGAUUUAUAAUCACAUCCGAUUCCGCCAUUUUCAAACGUGUUCUCGAAGCGAUCACUGCAGGCGGAAUGUGAACUGGCGGGCGACCGGUUGAAUUAUCAUCUGAACUCGAAGAGUCGUCCAUAUUCCAGCCUGUUUUUCAGCAUUCCCUGGUAGAUACGCUUGUUCGAAAAACCAGUGCCCUGAUGGGCGUCCGUCGAAAGACAGACAGUUUUUGACGGCUAGGCAGCCCAAUGAAAACCUUGUGCUCCUAUAUUUCCCUUGAAAAGCUAGCGUCUGUGUCACCCUUGUAGCGGUGUGUUGGCACUGCCCCCCUCUCUCUGCAGUAACCCGCAGCCUGGCAUAUAAUUUCCGUGUUAACACCCUACUUUAGUUGCAUUAGUAGCACUAUUAAACGUAAUACCUUAAAUAGACGAAAUGACCGUCCAUCCCACAAACUGCCCACUCCUAUGGGUGAAAUCCUGGUUCGUUGUGCGGGGGGAGGCAGGCCGUGUACAGUGCGUGACCUAUCUCAUUAAAUGUUGGCUGAAAUUCUGAAAUGCGGUUUCGAUUAGGAAGGAUUACUUGGUCGCAGUUGUAAUACGGAUUUGCUUGCGUCAUACUCUUAUAACAUUUCGGACUCGGCAGGAUGUCAGCUUUUAAAUGCACUUCUUUUCAAUCUCCUGUAGAAAGCGUCCUCGGUAAAAAAUGACUACUUAAGUAACAUGCAUUUUUACCAUUGAUUUUAGAUGCUCUUGGAAAUUCAAAUAUAUUUUAUAGAAACCACAAGCAAAAAUAUGCUUUCUUUUAGUCAAUCAGUAGAGAAUCACGUCUUCUUUAUAUCUUGUACUAAAGAAAGGAGUAUAAUUAGGUUUAAAAAAGUUUUCUAAUUGUCGAAUAAUUUGGAGCCUGUAUUAGCGCUUAGUGAUUACACUCUACAAGGUGCAAGCGUUCCGCGUAAGGAAAAUUCCAUAUUUUUACAUGUCAUUAAAGAGAUAUCAUACAGGGUCCAUAGAAUUUUGCAAUGAAUGUGGACCAUGUUGUACAUUUCAUGAGGAGCAGUGGUAAACGGCCAGGUACGAUGCUUUGUGAAUGGACAUAUCGCGGUCUUAAAAAGUCUCAUAAUUGGAAACUUUUUUAAAACCUAAUUAUACUCCUUCCUUGGGUAUAAAAUAUAAAAAAGACGUGAUUCUCUAUCGAUUGACUAAAAGAAAGCAUAUUUUUGCUUGUGGUUUCUAUAAAAUAUAGUUGAGUUUCCAAGACCAUCGAAAAUCAAUGGGAAAAAUGCAUGCUAUUUAAGUAGUCAUUUUUUUACCGAGCAUGCUUUCUACUGGAGAUUGAAAAGAAGUGCAUUUAAAAGCCGACAUCCUGCCGAGUCCAAAAUGUUAUAAGACUAUGCCUUAAGAUAAUCAGUAUCACAAUCGCGACCAAGUAAUCCUUCCUAAUCGAAACCGCAUUUCAGAAUUUCAGCCAACAUUUCAUGAGAUAGGUCACGCACUGUACACAGUACGCGCAGACGAGGUAUAGCUUUGUCAGCCACGUGGCUACAGACAAAUCUAAACUACCUCGAGCAAUGCUCAAAAGACUGGCUUCUACCUUUCAACGUAUACAACUGUAACUUCCUACUCGUCGGUGGAGAAAGCUCUGCUAACAGCACGGUCUACCGUCUGACUGACAAACCACUGUAAGAAGUCGACGCCCAGAAGUACUUGGGUGUUUGGACCACAACCACACUUAAGAUUUCGUCGUAAUGCUCAAAGGCAGUCAAGUAAUCGAUGUCCAUUCCACACCUCGUCAAACGGUCGUUCUCUUCCUUUAACGGAGACUGCUUCGCCGAGAUCUUUGGAACUGUUGUGCGACCGCAUCUGGAAUUUGCUAUCCAAGCCUGGAGACUCUGGACCGCUAAAAACCUCGGCAUACUCGAAAAGGUCCAACGACGAACAACGAAACUUGUAUCUGGGCAGUGCUCACUACCCUGCGAAGCACGAUUAACUAACCUUGACCUCUUUCCUUUAAGUUACAGACAGUUAUGUGGGGACCUGAUACAAGCUUUCCGCAUCGUUCGCAAUCAGAGCUGUUGCCUCGCAUUUGCAGACGUUUACGACUUGGCGACUACGACUACCCUGAGAGGCCAUCCUCUCAAACUCGAGUGACUGGUGCCCGGCUAGACACACGAAAGUUCUUCUUCUCCAACAAAGUGGUUGCAGCUUGACAUGCUUUGCCUGAGGAUGUUGUUAUGUCGGCAUCCGUAGACACUUUUAAACAGAGGCCAGAUCAACAUUGGAGGGCUCACCACAAUAAGGUCGGACUACAGCCACCUUGAUAGCCAACGUAGGCAGUUCAGCGUUAUGACGAUGCUACUACCAAUAUUCAAGUGUGCUUCAACUGUCUGCUGCAUUUAAUCAACAAACCGAGUUCAUAUGCCUUCAAAUGCCGUUAACGCAUGAAAUUAUGUGUUCAUCUGUGCAGUUUUUGUUAUUCUCCCUUUAUUUCUUUCAAUUUACUUCCUUUCCAUAUGCUCCAUAUACUUCCUCUGCAUGUAACCAAUAGGGAUUUCAAAGGUAUACACCUACUUUCCCUGAAAUACGCUGAUACUGAUAUCUGACCGAUUUGGAGGUGAAAGAAGAGCGAGAUCGACCCUCUCAGAGCAUAUUUCUCGCUUAGGGGGCUAAGAGCUGUGGCUUGGAAGGCUACCAAUUGGUAGGAUUAAUCGGUCCUCCUUUCAGAACAAAAAGCCAGGCUGCAAUGGCCCCUUCUCUACAUGUGGCCUCAAUGGCACUCCCACUCAGUCAGGAUCCGAGCCGCUAUAUCCCUUUGCCAGCUGUGUGAAAUCCUGGUCCUUAGAGUGCAAAUCAAGCGCGUGUUGACACGUCUAGGUGCGCAUUUUCGUCGUGUCAACCACCUGUGUCCUUUCCCGUCUCUGGUCUUCUUGGCAGCGGUUUCAGGUGAGUGACGAGAAAAGAAGGCGCUAAGUGCAGCGAACUACAAUAACUCCGAUGGGUCUUCAAAGCCAAUGGCUACCCGCGCAACUUCGUCGACCGGUGCAUACGCAAAAGGGACGAAAGACCUAAAUGCACGGACACCAAAUCUUGGCGAGCACUUCCGUAUGUCAAGAACGUUUCGGAAGCUGUCGGUCGCCUUCUCGCACCUUUGGGGUUGGAGUGGCACACAGACCGGAGGCAACCAUCAAGCGUCUGGACAUGAAUCCGAAAGACCCACUGUCACGGCUAAAAACGUAUGGAGUCGUUUAUCGGAUGUGGUGCAGUUGCGGACAAAGCAACUACGUCGGAAAAACCGGAAGUCAGCUCCGAACUAGAAUGGCCGAACACGCGGCAGCGGUGCGCGGAUAUGACUCCAGAUCUAAAGUUGCUGCUCCUUCGACGAGAUCCGGCCACACAUUCAAAUUAGAUGAGACUGAAAUUAUCGCAAGAGGUGACAACCGCGUGGGCCGAGAGCUACUGGAAUCAUGGUUUACUGGCCCCCCAGUCCAUCAACAAGUGCAACGAUCUUCCCACUCCAUACUCCGUGAUAAAACUUCGCCUAGGCGGAGUAACAAGCCAUGCGGAGAGCGCAGAGGUGAAGACUUUUCCCAACAACGGGGUCGGCGCGUCAGAUGGUCGAGCAAUCAUCACACCAACAUCCAACGCACGUGAUGAAAUUGCAGCAAUAAUCGACGCGAAUGUCGGCCAUCAAGCAAUGAUCCCGGAUAAAGCGGCGAGUCGCGAAUGUUCAUAGGUAUGCGGUAGCAUGGCUACUGCAUCCUUAAAUACGCAGCCCCUUGUGCAACAACCAUCCGUUUCUGCUUUUUUGUCUCUGAUGAUGGAUUCGAGUAGGAAUCCGAAACGUCAGGCUAACAAAGCUCUUGUCCCGGCGAUCGUGUCUCCUUCUUCAGCAAAAAGAACGAUUAUCAUGAGGACAGUUCAAGUCUUGGCUUCUGUAUUUCUAUCUCUUCGCAAGUAAGAUAGCGCACCAUGAAUGUCAGCACAGAAGCUCGAAGUGCCGAUGUGCGACAGGACAUAAGUCGGAAGCUGCUGUGCAUCUGGCGGAAAGACUAAGCAGAAAUAAGAUUAGAAUGCCAGGGGUGGACAAUGUCAUCUAUGAUCCGACCAGCAAAUUGCCUGACCGUACUGAAAUGUUGUCCUAGAAUAGUGCCGACUAAAAAAGGUAAUUCCAGCGCAAGUCGUCGUUCUUGCUGUGGGUUACACGGUGGACAUCGUCGGUCGAACUGUAACGCACGUGCAUGCAUGAAAUUCUAUGAAUGUGUCCUUUAUUGUUCUGUGCCAAAAGUAGGGUGGAAAUACGCAUCCCGUUGUUACCAUGGUGAUCCGGGUUUAGAGACCAUACUGACUGUGAAGUGCUGAGGGUCAGUCAACCAUCAAGUAUUGCUUACAACCGUGAUUGGAGACAUUGGAUUUUCCAUUUCAUAAUUCUCCGAAAAUAACAAAAACACACCGGAAUAUUUGAAUGUGAUGUGAUUGCAGAUAAUGAGGCUGAAGCAGAAAUAAGCCGCAGGUUUUAUCCAGUCACCUGAUGGCAAAAAUAAUGGGAUAAAAAAUGUAAAGCAGGAUCAGUUUAUUCAGAAAAAACAAAAUUUAAAAUACCGAAAUCAUAGUUUAGGAGAACCAGCUACCUCGAGACACAAUAUAAAGAGGCAGGAUAACGUAGAAACUCCCAGACCACAAUUUACUUUUAAAAGUUGCUUAAAAAGACGGAAUAAAAUCGAAAUUGUCAGAUCCUGUGCAUUGUUCCAAAUCAGCUUUUGUGUGCCCGGAUUUGAUUACGAAGAAUGCAAAGCACCUGUUAAUGCCUUUAAUAAACCUUUGUAGGUUACGUCCGCGUUAGUAUUUGAGAGAUCAAGAUACGGUUUUGAAUUUUGAGAGUACAUCUAAACGCGUGUUUGUCAAGUCACUUUGUGCGGAAAAUUCGAGGAUCAGAAUACUGCAGGCUCUUAAAAAUAUGUUUUUCAAAAAUAAAUUUGCUUCAAAUAUUUCCCCUAUUUCUGCCAUGAAAUCGCAAAUUAUUCUAAACAAGUACUUCUGGAGUGAGUAGUAUUCACGGGAAUUUCGGAAACGUUGAAAUUCCCACAGCCCUAUGCCAUAACAGUUUGUUAAAUACGGCAAGCAGUCUUUUUGGACUGCUUCCACCUUAAGAUGUGGUCAGAGCCGACUUUCUGGAAGAACGGCUAUUAAAAAUAAAAAAUACUUCAUAAAAUCGAAAGUUGCUUCGAUGGUAUUGUGGUGUAAAGUGGAACUGUUGACCGAAACUUAGCACACGAUCUGAUGGUUCCGGUACGACGCUGCCUGUCUUUAAUAGUCAUCCAGCAAAAAAUUGGCGUGCACCCACUCUUACUGAUUUUAGUUACAGCAUACUUCUAUCUCCAUUACAUCAAAGUCAUGUAAUGAUUGCCAGAUCAUGCCAACGUCAGUCAGGACACCAAUUUAGUCUUUCUAGCCCCAUCGUUACUUCUGGAUAAAUUUCUGUUUAUUCAAUGCCAAUAUUCGUCUGCUCUGUCUCGAUGCCUUUUUCUCAAGGAAUUCCGAAUUAAAUUUAGUACAAAGAGUCUACCAACUGUCGCAACAGCCUUCAAACAUGCACAUUUGGGUGAAUGUUCAUCACCUCGAAAGGCACUUUGAUACUCCGAUCGCACGCUUGUCAAACUGAACGAAAAUCUUCAGCGCGGGUUUUUGGCAGCCUGCUAUUACGCGUGGAUAUCGAUUUUCCGGCAGUCAACAAACGCGCCUUCGAAACGCCUUUAGGGGUUGCAUCUUUGGAGAUUGAAGUUGAAACUCCAAUGAGAGUGUAGUUAGGUUUAAAGCAGUCGUGUUCGUAGUUCUCCGAGGAACUAUGACUUAUUUCAGCUUGGACUGAAUGAUCCACAACGAACAAUGCAGAAUUUAUGUGUUUAUUGUUGCAGUUCCACACAGCAGGGCAUAAAACACUUUUCACCAAGGAAACCGGCAAAGUAAUAAAAGGUUUUUUAAAAAAAGCAUCUUGCCUGAACGAAUCCGAGGACUGGAAAACAAAUGACAGUAGACCCUCAGACCGCGUAAUGAUAAACCAACAGUGGUUUCCGGAUGUUCUGGAGGGUGCAAUCGGAUCAGUUGGUAAUUUCCUCGAUAAGAUGUGGUUAUGUAGCCUCAACUGACGUACACAAUAUUGUUGGGGUUGGAGCUAGGGGUUAGAGUUAGGGUGUUUAGGUCGAGUAUUUCUCAACCACUCAAAGCACAACAUCUCAUUCUCAAAAGCCUUUCGGCAACGGUAUAGAGUAGGACCCCACUUAACUGUCAGUAGACUGUGGACAGUGCCAUACGCGUUUUAUGGUAGAGGGAAUUUUAAAGGUGGGGCAGCAAGCUAGACAGUAAGCUGACAAAAUGAAAGAAAACACAGAAAUUGCCUGGAUUUAUGCCGAAAGACUUAUCAUAUGCCAUUGUACGAUAACGGAAAUGAUUGUAGUAACUAAACAAUAAACAGAAGUACAUUUCACAAAAUAACGGAUUUUGAGUUAUAGUGUGAGGUCGUGGGAAGUAAUCGUUGUCGGCUGUGGGAUUUCUGCAACAGCCUGAAAAUGCAUGCCAGGAUGAAACUCCGUAUGACACGAUCCACAGUUAAGUGGAGUCAUUCACUGCACCGUUUCCAGUUUUUCACAGUUUUCGCGCAAGUCACCGUGCCUGCUCUCAGCUAGCUGUGUACAUCGUCCGCAACGACGGUCGAACUGUCCAGACGUAGACCUUCAGGCCACGUCAGGGACUGCACUGCCCAGCUCAAACAUUUGAAGGGGAAGGGGGAGGAGCUCGUUACCCACACUGGGGAAACUGUCCUCGCGGCACACCAGAGCAGUCCUCAGUAAUAAUAAUCCUGAUAGGCUGGAAUUUAUAACAGCGCACAGAAAGUUUUGAAUUGGAGGCCCGUCGACUGAUGGAGUAAUUUUGUCCUUCUCGGAAACCUGGUACGCGUAGGGGGGCCAGAACGCGUGUGGCACGCGUAGACAGGGCGUCAAUGCGCCCAUGGCACCUUCAGUCGUCUUGGAACUGUCUAGCCAUCCGUGGAAGGUGGGUGGUGCGUAACUCCGCCUCCCUGCAAACUACUCCAUGCGCACUUGGCCGGUGCUGUGCCUACUCCGCCAGGACAACGUGACGUACUUUGGAAGCUGUGAGGGAUCGAACUCGCAGUGGCCUAGCUGCCGAUGAUCAACGAGAUACGUUCCUAGACCGAGGCCAAUGUUCAUAAGUUCUGCAAUUUUCGCUCGAAAUCCACAAGUGGAACUUAAUUACCCUGCCCUGAGUACUGUGCUUCACGGCAACAUAAAAAAUUCGGGUACAAUGUUUCCUGAAAUACGCUCAUCCCAGACAGACAUCCGCCCUGACUUCGAAAGGAUGAUUCUCUUUCACCGUUCAAUCGAGAGUCUACUGAUCGCAUGGUAAUCUACCUUUUCCUGUGGUCGGCCUUACCGAGAAGAGCCACUGGCCGCGUAUAUUCGGUACACUGAGAAAGUUCGGGUGACUAUAAAAGCAAAAAGGCGAGUUUCGGGAGUAGCUGCGAGGAAGGAGACACAAUCGCUGGAACAAAGCUUUAUCAGCCUGAAAUUUUGUACUCUCACUCGAAUCUCUCAUUAGCGACAGAGUCAGAAAAGGAUAAUGAAUCAUGCCAAAUCAAUUUAAUAUCUCCGGAGGAAGCCUGAUGUUUAGCAAAUACAUUCUUCCCUGAAUGUCUGUUGUAUCUAUUACCAAAUUGUAGUCCCUACUUGUGGCAAAAAUUCGCCCUGUCGGCAAAAAGAUGCGAGCCUUCUAGACCGUAUCGUCCUCAUUGAGACUGCGGGGUGCCUAAAAGACCCGGGCGCACGCAGAACACGGUAAGCCGAGGCGUCAUUUAGCCGCUCACUUGGUUUAAACGCUCCUUUGCCAUUUAUUAUAAAUGAAAAAGCCUCUGUUCGAUGGUGGAGCCGUUCAGAAAUUGUUAAAGUCUGCGUGCAGGUCCUUUCGGCACUUUCGUACCCUUGUUUGUCUUCCUGCUAAUCAAUCGAUUCCAUGGCAAGCGUUUUAGUCAGUUGUCGUUUGUGUUAUGCAAACCACAUGGAAGCGGUCUUCACCGAAUAGAACGUGAGUAGAUCCGCGUGCAAAACGCAUCUGCCGAUUUCUGAGAGGGAAGCUUGCGCUGACAAAGAUGGUAAUUCGAAAGGGUAAACGGUUUACUGGAGCAGAUUUAUCAUACUGGCAGCCAUCACUGACCAUUUUUGAAGCUUUUCAAAAUGAUAAGUUGAGAAAGCUAUCUAAAAACAUCAGCUGUAUUAUGCAUGUGUUGUGGCUAGUCGUACUUUCUGUUCGAAUGAAUGAAUUAGUUUGGCACUGGAGGUUGCAUAUUGAGCUCUAAUCAGGUAAGCUGGUCACACCGUGUUACGAUUCAUCUCGCGACUUGGAGGAAGCGGUUGUCGUUCGAAUCCUCACGUUUACAAUGCGCUUCAGGCCUGCUUGUUGCAAAGAUCUUCCUUCACCAGACGAUUAUAACCUUAUUUGUUGAUAAUUAUCCAACCCAGUAGUUGAUCAUUUGUCAUUUGUGUGUGUGUGAGGCACCAAAAGACUUAAUUAAUCUCGCGGAAUAAACGCUUUAGGUUAGGUUCAAACCUCGCAGGUCCUAAUACGAAAAGGCAAAAGGUACCAGUAAAAUAGAGCUGUUUCGUCGGACGGACGUAAGUAAUCAGAUAACCCAAUUUCAAGCGAAAGAGACGCGAUGAAAUAGACAACCUUUACAGUAGGUGGGAUAACUUGUGAAAUGUCAAUCGAAAUUCCGAAAUGCGUUUUCAUUUCAAAAAGAUUAAUUAAUUAGGGCUGUAAAACUAGUCAGCCUGCAACAUACUUCUGUGCUAUUUCAGUUACCUCGGAAUGCCGUCUUUUGAUUUAACUUCCCUCCGGCUGCAGGCAAAAACUGCACUCUGUAAAAAAUGACAACUUAAGUUGCAUGAAUUUUUCUUAUUGAUUUCCGAUGCUCCUAAAUGUUCAAUUAUAUUUCAUAGAAGAUAUGCAUACAAAUAUUCAAUCUUUUGCACUUCACGUAAAAAAUUACAUCUCCUAAUCUUAUACUCGAAGGAAGAGUAUAAUUCGGUUUUUAAAAACUUAUACAAUUCCCGAAUAAUUUUUAACCCGACCUGCCGUUACACUUGCAGUCAGGGUUUUCAAACUACAAACACUAUAUUUUCCGCGUACGAAAAACCACACAUUUCUCUACGGUAAUAAACGGGGACCAUAUAGGGUUCAUAAAAUGCAGCAGUGGAUUUAAUCCAUAUUGUUAACUUUACAAGUUACAUUAGUAAAUGCACAGACAUGACGAUUUAUGAACGGCCAUUUCACGGUGUUUAAAUGUCCCACAAUCAGAGACCUUUUUAAGGCCGAAUUAUAUUCCUUCUUCGAGUAUAAAAUUAUAAGACGUAGUUAUCUACCGAUUGAACAAAAGAAUGAAUAUUUUUUGCAUGUUUUCCAUGGAAUAUAAUUGGACAUUUAGGGACAUCGAAAACAAUGAGAAAAAUGCUUGCUACUUAAGCAGUCAUUUUUUAAAGAUUGUAGUAUCUGCAUGCAGCCGGAGGGAAGUUCACUCAAAAGCCGGCAUCCUGAGGUAACUAAAAUAGCAUAGAAGUAUGUUGCAGGCUGACUAGUCUUAUAACCCUACUUAAUUAGUCUUUCUGAAACGAAAACGCAUUUCGGAAUUUCGGUUGACAUUUCGUGAGUUAGCCCACCUACUGUAGUUUGCGUCUACGUCAAGGACGAUCACCGGUUACAAACGUGAUUUUACCGGUGUAGACAGAUCUGGUUGCAAGCGUCCCUCAAGAAGCUGCAUUGUCUGCAGAAAACCUCUAGCAUUUCUCAGAGAGCUGCAAUCUUCUGGCGAAAUCCCCUGUUGUAUGCAAAGACACAAAUCAAUCGAAUGAGGGAUUUUGUUGUAAACGGAACCCUGAGUUGUCCUCUCAGGCGGCAGUGGUCAGGCGGCGAAGCCAGGACUGAUGUUGACUGCAUCCAGUCAAGCCUGAGAAUCGGUUUGAGACAGUGGUGGCAGCUGCUUUUUUGGGACAAGCUCAAGUGGUGUCCAAUCGGUGCACGCUGGAUCUGCCGAGGGGUGGUGUUCAAAGAGAUUGUGUUAUAUUCAGUUGCAUGGGCAGUGGCGACGUGAGUCCGAGUUUAAGUCAGUAGAGUGGUCGCAGAUCAGGGCAUCUGGAACCACUCGUUGCGAGGGUAAAUGACCUAGACGCAGUGAGACCUUGAACAGGGACGCCAGAUAUGGUCAUAAUGGAUGUCGGCGGCAUACCCCUAAGAACGCGCCACUUCAGCUUUACCUCUACAAGACGAUCGCAUUGUAUACCAGAAUAAACCGGCUUAAAAUCAGUAAGAACAUAAAGAAAUACUGGCAAAGACAAGAGAGACUGGGUUGGUGACUUCUGGUGCAUUAGCUGCUGGCAUUCGCCGUAUCCAACCACAGGCCUGUAUGGUUUGAGAUUCUAGGAAAGACUCUUUGGUCACUGAGAGUUAAGCUCAAUGCUCCACUACUGAACUAUGGGUCCGUUGUAUUGUCGGAAAGUUACGCUAUCGUACAUAAGGGUGAGUUCUCCGACCGAGUUACGGAGCGUGUUCGUCCCAUUUCGCAUUGGGCUCAAUCUAAAACCCCCAUAAUAGUUUGACCGCCGUUGCCGACGAUGUCAAGAGUGUGCUCCACAGCAAGGCGGAGAAGAGACGGGGUUUUACGUGAAUUAGAUUAAAGUGAUAAUAGACUUGCACAGCAUCCACCGCACUCCCUCUUCCUCCUCCCACCUGCACCCGGUGUCAAGACGGAGUCAAGAAAACCGGUGGCGGGGGUCGCAGAUGGAUGGCACGGUCGAGCCCUCACCUUGGCGUUCCACUCUACACUCCCUUGGUGCACACAGAACAUGACCAGGUUUUGAACAAUAACAGAAGAAACAACAACAAAAACAGAAACCCCCCAACGGGGGUCUGAAGGACGAUGAUGACUGGCCAGCCAUGCCCACCACCUGUAUACCCAGUGGGAACGCAAGCGCAUCUAUCGACAGGAAACUAGUUGUCAGGGAAUUGCCAGCGCAUUUCAGGCUGCGGGGACCAUGAUUUACUGAUACUGACAUAGCACAUGCUUCCAGACCUUCUAACCUAUUGAACCCUCAUAGCAGUUGUAUGUUACCAGUAAUAUAAGCAGAAAGAAUUAAGAACUUCUUCGUUUGCUAAUCAGUAGUUAUCUUCAUAGACUGACAAUAAUCGAAGCAUCUAAUCAUAGAGUUGUGUUCUACAACCACAAGCAGGAAUUCAAAAGGAGCUCCAUUUUAAAUUAAGAUCAUAAUAAAACUUUCCACUCCCAAAAGGCAGCUUGAAUCUUAAUUUCAUCGAGUAAACCAAUGAAAAGUUUCUUGAGUGGUCUCGAAUUAUAUCAUUUCUCCAACGUUAUUUCAAAAUAUCAAGGACCGCACGUUAAGUAUUUACGUAAAGUCUGGGCAUCUUGAAUGUAACAGGUCUUCAGCCUGAUCGAAAUGCUUGAGAGAGAGCUACUAGAUUAGUCAUAAUCGAUGAACACUCCAGCUAGUUCUAACGGCAACUAGUCUCUAUGGAACUUCCACGAAAUGUGUGUCUGUGUGUCCCAAGGUAGCCGGACACUAGAAGUCACCUUUUUUUCCUUCUGUCACAACGGUCAAAAUGCGCUAUCUUACCUGUGCAUGCGCCGUAGGUGGAUGCCAUUAGUGUCCUCAACGUGUCGGCAAUUCUUCCAUUUUCGUGUGUGUGUGACCGAUUGGGGGAGUUCACUGGCAGUGAUCGCGUACUCCUCAGCUGCAGCGAAUCGUUCCGUUCACCAGCAGCUGCCUGAGGUGUCAGCUGUGAAAGAGAAAACCACGGUUAUCGACUGACCUCUGUCAGCUGAGUCAUCUGCCGCGCAUGCCUCGUGUGAGGCGGGUGGCGUGUCGUAAGUCGUGCCACAGUGUCAGCAGAGACCAAGCGAGUUUGAGCAGGAAUGACUGCUUACUCCAGCCUCACUGUCGUGACAACUGAGCUACAUAGGAAGGGCGGUUCAAAUUAUACAGUGCGUGACCUAUCUCAUGACAUGUUGGCUGACAUUCUGAAAUGCGUUUUCGAUUGGGAAGGAUUACCUGGUCGCGGUGGUGAUAUUGAUUAUCUUGAGGCAUAUUCUUAUAACAUUUUGGACUCGGCAGGAGGUCGGCUUUUAAAUGGAGUUCUUUUUAAUCUCCUGUAGAAAGUGUGCUCGGUAAAAAAAUGACUGCUUAUGUAGCAUGCAUUUUCCCCAUUGAUUUUCGAUGGUCUUGGAAAUUCAAAUAUAUUUUAUAGGAACCACAAGCAAAAAUAGGCUUUCUUUCAGUCAAUCGAUAGAGAAUCACGUCUUCUUUUUAUUUUAUACUUAAGGAAGGAGUAUAAUUAGGUUUUAAAAAGUUUUCUAAUUGCCGAACAAUUUGGAGCCUGAUCAUUCUUUGCAUUAGCGCUUAAUGAUUAAACUCUACAAGGGGCAUGCGUUCCGUACAAAGGAAAUCCCAUAUUUUUCCAUGUCAUUAAAGAGAUAUCAUACAAGGUCCAUAAAAUUUUGCAAUGGACACGGACCAUGUUGCACAUUUCAUGAGGAGCAGUGGCAAACGGCCAGGUACGAUGCUAUGUGAAUUGACAUUUCGUGGUCUUAAAAAGCCUCAUAAUUAGAAACUUUUUUAAAACCUAAUUAUACUCCUUCUUUAAGUAUAAAAUAUAAAGAAGACGUGAUUCUCUUUUAAUUGACGAAAAGAAAGCACACUUUUUUUUGUGGUUUCUGUAAAAUAUAUUUGAAUUUCCAAGACCAUCGAAAAUAAAUGGGAAAAAUACAUGCUACUUAAGUAGUCAUUUUUUUACCGAGUACGCUUUCUACAGAAGAUUGAAAAGAAGUGCAUUUUAAAGCCGAAAUCCUGCCAAGUCUAAAAUGUUAUAAGAGUAUGCCUUAAAAUAAUCAGUAUCACAACCGCGACCAAGUAAUCCUUCCUAAUCGAAAACGCAUUUCAGAAUUUCAGCCAACAUUUCUUUGAGAUAGGUCACGCACUGCUGUUUUUACUUAGAUUUUGGGCCCAAUUUUUGCAGAUCUUUGCAGAAAAGCAAGCAGGAACACAGACGUGACGAGCUGGGCGAAAUAUUUGCAGUCUUGAUUCGAAGGCUACUAAGGAGCUUGUACGACCCCAAUUUUUACGGAUUAAGUAAAUCUGCUUUAUUCGUAGGAGCAGAGAUAGGGGAAAGGAGGAUCGCAUUGCUAAAGUAUGCACGGGCAAUGAGGACAGACUCGAACCAUCUUGGCGCUGACCUAACGCAGUAUCUCUGGCCGUCAUAAAGGCUUACAUGAGUUCGACUCAUUCCAUGCCCCCACACCGACGCAGAUGAUGUGUAUAUUAUCAUGAAAUGACCUGCUAUACUCAUGCACUCCCGGUUUUUGUCAAGACCGUAGUUGAAUUCACCUUUUUGACCAUAUUAACGCUAAUCCGUGGUGGGAUUUGAUACUAGGUGAAAUGCGCUGGGCUUCCGUCACUUGUUAUAUAAGUUUUCUUCUGUCAGGUUCGUCAGUUCUCUGUCCUGUGGUCACAGCUGUGGUCUUCUCUAAAGCAAUAAAAAUCAACCCUAACGAGCUUGAAAUCCUCACGUGCAGGUAAUCUCCAAAAACCCCCUGACAACAUUUGAAAUCCUGCACAUCAGAAGCUCAUUGAGGUGAAAUAAGUACCGAUUGCAAAUUCGAGUGAAUUCUUCGAAUGCUCUUUCGUGAGUCUGCGUAGUAAUGUCCAAGGCUUUAUAUAAGCGUUGUGCACUCUCUUCUUACCCUUCCAAACCGUAUCGAAUAGCAUUUUUGAGAAGUGGUUUAUAAACGCGGAUUCGCAUUAGAGCAUUUGCAUGCCAAAAAGAAGGGAAAAACGGCGCACGGACUACAACGUUUACCUUCUCCUAAAGCUCUACGGGCCGAAAAUGGAACAGAAAUUACGGAGGCCAUCGGCCAUGUUAUUUCAAGGGUUCUAGAUGUAACACUCCAGCAAAGUCCAAAAACUGACUUGUUAUUACUGAGUACUUGGACACUUCGUUCACUUAAAAAUACACUGCUAUUAGCGAUAUCAGUGCACUUUCUAGUGAGGUUUCAGAUAAACUCCAAAUAAAGAUCCAAGAAGUACCUGUGACAUUGUUAUUGCAUGUAUCCACCGCCUUUGUGAGCAGUGAGUUGUGCAAUCAAGAAACCGAUAAAGUUCAGGCCAUAUUCCCCCUUACCGAAGAGCCAUAUUUACUGUUCUGAUCUGUUUUCUUCCAGUCAUUUUCUGGGAGAUGUUAUUUCUGUAUUCAGUUCACGCAUAAUAACUACUAUGCUCGUUUGUUCGUAAUGGUCCCAUAAUGGGGGUGGGCCUAAUUUUUACUCACAGGGAAAUGACCUCACCCUGUCGAUAAAAGACAGAACAAGAGAGUCCUGCUGAAUGGACAUAUCUUUUAUCUCUUGAUCCAAGCAGGAGAAAUUAAAAUGUCUAAAGUUUUGCAAGUUUACAUUCAUUUGUAAUCCUUUCUAUGUUAUUGAACUAAUUAUAACCGCGCCCGCAUUGUCUUACAGGUUGAAUUGUUCCGGGGAGAAUGCUACUGCAGCCGUUCGUGGAAGCCCAACAUAACAACAGACCGCAGGCAAUACUGGCACCCCACUAGUAACUCCAAGCGAAUAUAAACGGCUGUCUGGAUCAAAGGUAGAGUCCAGUGCGUUCGCGCCUCCCCCCUAUGAAUCUUUUCGUUGUUAAUGCUAGAUCCUUACUAAGUAAAGUGCCUUGGCUUCAGACGUUGGUUUUCUUCCACUGUCGAGACACUGUCCUUGUGGCCGAGAAACUGGCGAAGCUCACCGUGGCUGACAUCGAUUCUUCUCUCUCUCUCUCUCUCUCUCGCGCCCUACCUACACUCGCAUGCACUCGGACUGAUCGUCAAGGCAGACGUGGUAUGUGGGGCGGGAUGAAGGGCUGCCCGGCUGUGGGUCCACGUGGCGGUCGUUGUAGGUCGUCCACUUGCUUGCAGGUGUAGACUACGCCUAAAGUACAUUUGCCGGCACCCAGCUCUCACCUGUGACUACCCGAAGCUGGGCUCUGCUCAGCGGCCACACCCCAGUAACCGCCUCGAUCGGCGGGCUAAACUAGGUGAGGGUAUCUGUGCGUGCAUCCCCGCACACGCUGAUCUCGGCUUCACUGGCCGUAUGGAUCACCAGACGAGACGAGGCUCCGCCUGGUACGAGACCACAAGGUAAAUGAACCUUCAGGUAAGCGGACGUUGCUCUGCCGUCUUUACUUUGUUCAUUAUGGUUUGUGUGAUUCUCUCCAUUUUUUGUGGUCGUCCUUGUUGUGAGCUAAAUGUCGUUCCGGUGAAUUUCCUCUGUCUGCCUUUGCUUCUGCUUGUUCUUGCUUGUCUGCCUUUCGGCUGCAUAUUUCUUUUUGCAUAUGCUGUACUCCAACUGCCCUUCCCUUGAAUAUGCCUGUUUACCGCUUAUUUAUUUCAGUAACCAGUUCACAUAGAGAAGGACAGGAAAGCUCUGCAGCCCGUCUGUCUAACCUCCCCCUAGCCCUACGACGAUGUCGUAGGCAUUCUCAGACUAAAUCAAGUCGUUUUCCCAUUAAACAAAAGCCGUAGGCCCAUAAUGGAGUUAGGCGGCCGUCUGGGACGACUGUGCAGCCCUAUUCAGUGAGAGCACUGCUCACUCCCGCGAAGAAGAAGGCGCUAGAAAAAUUGCUUUAGACAAAUGCUGGGGAAACACGCCGUCCGCAGGCUGACCGUGGCCUGAGACACAAAACACAUGAUAAAAAACAAUCAAACAGAAACAACGCACUCUCUCUUCCCUCUUCUCCUUUCCGCCUUCCCACUCGCCAGACUGGUAGGGUGAAUCCGCUAACUCUGGCAGCCCGAAAUGUUCGCUUCCUUUUAGACAAUCUAAGGAGCAACGAACCGAAACGGAGGACGGCGCUAGUGGCUCGGGAAGUGGCGCGCUACAAGGUGGACAUCGCUGCACUCAGUGACACCCGGUUCUCCGAACAAGGCCAACUGGAGGAGGUGGGUGUCGGCUGUACCCUCUUCUGGAACGGUCGCCCCUUGGGUAGAGUGACAGGAUGCACACAUCGCCUUUGCCAUCCGGAAUGACAUCGUGGGACGACGGCCCUGUCUGCCGGAUGAGCCUCCGUCUGCCUUCCCAGGGAGGCAACUUCGCCACAAUCGCCAGUGUCUUCGCACCCGCCCCCGAUGACCGGCCCGACGAGGCCAGGAACAAAUUCUACGAGGACCUGCACGCUUUCCUGGCGCCUGUGUCGAAGGAGUAUAAGUUGAUUGUACUUGACGACUUCAAAGCCAUCGUCGGCACAGACCAUGCUGCCUGGAGAGGUGUGCUGGGUCCCCAUGGUCUCGACGGUACCAAUGGCAAUAGACUGCUCCUCCUACUAACCUGCGCAGAACACCGGCUCAUCCUGAAGAACACCUGCUUUCACCUCCCGAUGCGAGAAAAGGUCACAUGAAUCCAGCCUCGGUCUCGACGGUGGCACCUGUUGGACUCUGUCCUCGUGCGGAAGCGAGACCAGCGGAACGUGCUGGUGACAAAGGCGAUCCCGUGUUCCCACGGGUGGGCCGAUCAUCGUCUCGUCAUUUCGCAGUUGCGGAUUCGCCUACGGCCCCAUAGGAGACGCCAAAGAUAAGCGACCCCUAGGUAAGCUGAAUAUUGUUUUACUGUCUUUGUCUGCUCAACAUCUCCAUUUUAGCGAUAAAUUGGCUCAACGGCUAGCCAACAUUCCAGUCGCCGCUGCCGCCGCUCUUGAUAUAACCGCAGUGGUGUAAACUGCGGGACACAGCCCAUUCGACGGCCCCGGCUGUUCUCGGUCACGCACGACGCCGACAUCAGGACAGGCACAAUGACAACGACGUCACCAUUAGCAACCUGCUCGACAAGAAUAACCGCCUGCACAAAGCCUUCGUCGGCCGCCCCACCGAUGACAACAAAGCAGCCUACUGCCGUAGCCACCGACUUGUGCGACAGUGGCUGCGGGAGAUUCAGCACGCUUGGACAACUCGCAUGGCCGAGGAUAUCCAACACUACGCGGAUCGCGACGAAUGGAAGGAUUUCUUCUUCGCGAUCAAAGCUGUCUACGGUCCCACAGCCAAAGCAAAUGCUCCUCUCCUCAGUGCCGACGGCAUUACCCUACUCAACGAUGGAUACAAAUUCUUCCGCGAUGGGUCAAGCACUGCAGACCCGUCCUCAACUGCCCCUCUACCACCUACGACGUUUCUAUGGCCCGUCUGCCGCGAGUGGAGACCAACGUCGACUUCGAUCUCCGGUCAGCUCUCCGCGAAACCAUCAGGGCCGUGCAGCAGCUCCCCAACGGGAAAGCGCGCUGAUCGGAUGCGAUCCCGACGGUGGUCCGUAAGCACGGUGGCCCCCAACUCAUGGAUCAUCUGACGGCGUUUUUCAAGGAGAUGUGGUGUGAAGGAGAAGUGCCGCAGGAUUUCAAGGACGCCAAAGUCUUACAUCUAUAUAAGCGGAAGGACAAUCGCCAACUCUAGGACAGCAACCGAGGCAUUUCCUUGCUCAACAUAUCUGGGAAGAAUUUUGGAUCUGACGAAAACCUUUGAAACGGUGACUCCUGGCGGACUGUGGAAAAUCAUGCAGAAAUUUGGCUGUCCCGAACGAUUCACUCAAAAGACACGCCAGUUCCACGAUUGCAUGAUGGCCGCGCGUCAAGGACAAUAUAUCUAUCUCAGAGGCGUUCGCAGUGACCGACAAAGUGAAACGGGGCUGCGCCCUCGCUCCCACCCUCCUCAUUCUUAUGUUCUCUGCCAAGCUGAUGGACGCCUACCGUGAUGAACGCCCCGGGAUUCACAUCGCCUACAGGACGAACGGUCACCUCCUGAAUCAACGACGGAUGCACUUCCAAACGCGCGUAUUCACAACCAUCGUUCACGGACUCCUCUUAGCCGACGACUGCGUCCUCAAAACCACCUCGGAAGAGGACAUGCAAAGAAGCAUGGACCUCUUCUCCACCGCCUGCGAGAACUUCGACCUGGUCAUCAACACGCAGAAGACGGUGGUCAUGCAUCAACCGCCACCCAACACAGCCUUUUCCCCCAAAGCGCCGCAGAUCAGUGUGAACGUAACCCAACUGCCAUGCUGUUGGACAUAUAUCGUGACGAACGUCCCGGGAUCCGCAUCGCCUACAUGA